AUGGCUUUCUCUUCCGGCGACGCCUCUGCCAUGAUUGCCACUGCGCCGAGCGGGGCCUUUAACGAGGCCAACGCUGACCAGAUCCGCGAUUGGGUCGACUUCGUGCUGAAUGUCGAGCCCAACGCGGCGGAGAAACACGACUUGUUCUACUACGUGUCGGUGGCUCGCCUGUUGGCGGAAACGAUCGGCAGCACCUCGCUCUCGGAUUUCGAGGAUCCACACAUGCGCGAGAUGAUUAAGGCAGCGAUUGUUGUGAACGAUUUGCCGUACGCCGCAGAGCAGGAUCCAGCAUGGAAAGCCUGGAAGGUUUCGCCGGCGCAGGUCGUCUUCGCACUCAAGGUGCAGACCAAGUGCGCCCAAGCUGCACCACCCGCCCGCUCGGCUCCAGAAGCCGGCGCUGGGUCGAGCGACGUGGCAGGAAUGGCCGAAGCUGUGAAACAGCUUGCAGAACUACAGACCCAGGCGCUCCAGAAGGGCAAGCCGAAGGGACUCAGCUUCAAGCUUCAAGACAGGAUCGUUGAAGUGGGCUUGCAGAAUUUCGAUAAAGACACCCUCCCGUCCGAGGAAAUCUUGGCGAAGUUCGAGGCCGGAGCCAAGAUCGCCAACGACAAGGGCCGGGCUUGGAUCGGCUCUGCAGAAGGCGAAGAUCUCCGCGAUCAUCACCGCCCAGCAUGGAGUCGCACCCCUCUCGUCGACGCGGUCGUGGGCGACGGCUCCUACGAGGAUCGCGUGAGACAGAGUGCGGCCGCCAAGCGCGGAAGCGCUUGGAUCGAUAAGAUCGAUUACGUGAGCUUCGCGACCUUCAUGGGGCAUCUCCACGAGUGGGGUUUCAAGGUGAUCCUCACGAAGGCGUGCAGCAUGGCGGACUUUUUCUCCUACGUGCAUAUUAUGAUCCGCAUCGCUGAGGAGAACGGCGGGGUCAGGACGGCGUUUCAAUACGACGUCCUCCAGCGGAGGGCCAUGGCCAAAGCGCUGGAGAGGGACGAAACCGAUUUGGGCAGGUACCUUACAAGGAUCGAUGUUGAUCUCCUGCGCACGGCCAAAGACAAGGUGGAUAAGCGCUUCGCGGAGCUCGCUCGUGCAUCUGGCGCGCCCAAGGGUCAGUCCAAGGGCCAGCCCAAGGGCGCCUCCAAGAGCUACGGCGACGGGGGCAGUCAUGCCUCCAGCAGCGCAUCCUCUGGCGGCAAGGGCGGCAAGAGCGCCAAGGGCGACGACCGGCGCGUGCGUUCGCCGCCCGCGCGGCACAAGGGCAGCGCUGGUGGCGGCCAGCAGCAUCGGUCGCGCAGCCCGCGCGCUGGAUGGCAGCAGUCGGGCCAGUGGGACAAGCAGUCCUGGAGCAAGUGA